AUGGCUGAUCGUCUUACACAAUUACAAGAUGCUGUAAACGCUCAAGCCGAAAACAUUUGUAACAGUAUUGGUGUCUUACAAGCUUAUGCUCCUCCAAGCAGCUUUCCAGAUUUCGAAAAAUCGCCUAGAAAAUCUGAUCAACCUAAGGAAGAUUACUGUCAAACAUUUGCAACUUUAAUUGCUAAUACAGCUAAAGAAAUUGACAUUUUAAUUGAUUUUCUUCCAAGUGAAGACAUCUCACAAGAUUCUCAAGAAGAUUUUAAAAGAUUAGAUAAAGAAAAUAAAGAUGCUGCACUCAAACUAGAAAAAGUAGUUCUUGCAGGUGAAGCUCUCUUGGAACAAAUUCGUAAAGCUUUGAGGGAUAUAGCUCAAUCACAGCUAGAAAUACAAAAAUUAAGUGGCAUUAAUAAUAGUGUUUGA